AUGAAACGUCAAUACAACCCAUCUUCACAACACGCUGUCCGAUUAUCUUCUUGUCAAGCCUUCGCUUUACUACGUUUCGUUCGUCAAGACUCCAUACAUGGCAUGGAUUCUGGCCUAACUUUGAACCUGCUGGUAAAUUAUACUCCGUCAACGUCUUGCGUGCGCGCUAGCGGCACGCACGACUGCGACACAUUGGCGACUUUGAAAGCCACAGCCGCUAUCAAUGGUUAUUACGUCAAUUCGUUUUCGUUCAAAAUCUUGCUUGCUUUUUCUGCUGUUGUUGACAGCUGUUGACUUCCAUCCUCGACGGUGGGCUUGGGCCAUUGAACUGGGUUCAGUACCGUUGGGCAACAACGAGGCGUCCACUGUAGCACCGACCGCAUCUUCUCAAAGCUUCAUUCUGCAAGCGGUCUUACACCAAAGCCUUGCGGAAUGGAACUUAACUACCGGAAACCACCAUCAGCUGCACAACAGCUCCAAAAGAGCAAACGCGACCACAACAGCCAGGAUAGACACCACGCGAUUAACAGCAAUACAAGAACAAGAGCUGGUGUCCCGGCUUCUCGAAGUCCUGGAAGUUACACGACAGCUGCUCCAUGCGCACCAAGGCAUCAGCAGCCCUGACUGCACCGCACGCAACUCUUCCGGCUGCGCCCCACACCGUCGCCACCCUGCUGCCGAGCUGCUUCACGGCGGCACCGCGGCCUUCCUGUUCGCCACGCUGCACCUCUACCCGCGCGGCCCCAGCUCGCCGCAGCAGCUGCGCGAGUGGGCCUCCGCGGCCCUCGCACUCCUCUCCGACCACCACCGCCACCAGACGCGCAGCCGGGCAGCGGUGCGGGGGGCCAGGCAGGCUGUGCAGCAGGAGGCGGCAGCGGCGGCGGCAGAGGAAGAGGAGGCGGGCGACGACGACGAAGACUAUGAUGACGAUGAGGGGGAGGCCGAGAGCGAGGAGGGAGGGGAUGAGGCUAGACGGCGGUUGGGCGCAGACCCCGCCUCCGAUUGGGCUAGUGGCAGCAGCAGCAGCUCCCGCAGCCGCGGCAGCCGCGGUGACAGCAGCACCCCGGGGAGGAGAGCAAGCGGCAGCGGUAGAGGCGGUGCGGAAGCCGAGGGAAGACGAAGAGUUGCGGAUGGGGUAGGCAAGGGAAUAGGCAAGGAGGGAGCUGUACACGAGCCCGGAGGGCAGCAGCAACAUCUGGGAGGGAAACCUCGCCGGUUACUGAGUGCUGCUGCUGCUGCUGCUGCCCGCUCUAAGACCUCGGCAUCAGCCGCCCGCCUGCCUCGCCCCUCCACCUCCGCCUCCGCUGCGGCCUCCUCCUCCGCUGCGGCCUCCUCCUCCACCCCCACCACCGCUGCUGAUAUUGCGGCUGCUGCGGUGGUUGCUGCCGGGGGCGGGUUGCCGCUGGUUCGUCGGGUGCUGCUGUCCCAACUGCUGCUGGGCUGGCUGGGGGGGCUGGGCAGGCAGCUGCCGGCUGCGGAAGGGGAGGGGCAGCGGCAGGAGGAGGGGCGGGAGCAGGGGUCGGAAGGAGCGGCAGCAGGCGGAGGAGGCGGGGGAGAGGGUGCUGGCGAGGGGGCGAGGCUGCUGGUGCAGCUGGUGAAGAAGUUGUACGAGGUGCAUAUGGAAUCUGUCGUACAGCGGUCCGUGAUGGAGUACUUCCACAUCUCCAAGGCGGGGGGAACCAGCUGGACGGCGGCAGCACGCGACACGGGCUGCCGGCGCCCGCGCAUGAACGCGGCCCGGGUGACGCAGUUCGACGACGACUGCCGCUGGACCAACCGCACCGUGCUGCGGCAGCUGGGGGCCAACACCAGGGUCAAGGUUUGCUCUCGUUACGGUAUCGUGGAGCGGCGGUCCGAGAUGCGCGAUUGCAGCAAGCGGCUGUCGUACGCCCUGGCUCGCGGCUUCCAGUACAUCUCCAAUGAGUACACCUUACAUGGGGGGCUGUACGACAUGUACGGCACCCACAUCUGCCCGCAGUUUGUCAACGUGAUCAGCAUACGGGAGCCGCUGUCUCGGCUGCUGAGCAACCUCAAGUACAUGCUCAUCCAGUCGCGCCGCCUGCUCUUCCGCACGCCCGGGCAGCAGGCAGCCUUCACCGCCGCCUUCUGCGAGCCGCCCGCCCCCCUGGAGCGCUGGCAGGCGGUGGCGCCGCCCGUGGUGGACAACUACAACGUGCGCACCCUGCUGGGCGAAUCCGCCUUCCACUCGCCCCUGUGGACGGGUCUGCCGCCCGACGCCGUGUCGGUCGCUCAGUCGCUGCUGGCGCAGUACGAC